AAUCAGCCGUCUGCGGUCUCUGCAGCUCCUCUAAAUAGAGAUGUUAGAGUGCUGCGAUGUUCAGUCCUCAGCAGACAUCCACAGCCAUGGAGCUUCUUCCUCUCCUGUAUCUCCUCCUGAGCUGCUCUGCAGGAACGUCUGCUGAUCAGAACGGUCCAGUGAUCGUGAAAGAAGAAAGUGAUGCUAUUUUACCCUGUUCCCUCAGCACCAAGAAGGACAUUGAGUCAGAGCUCUUUGACUGGAAGAAGAAAGGGCAGAAAAAUAAAGAUGUGUUCUUGUACAAUGACAAAGCCUUUUAUGGUCAGGGCCUUUCAGGUCAAGAUGAGCAGUUCAAAGGUCGCGUCUCACAUUUUCCAGAUGAGCUAAAGUACGGCAACGCCUCCAUCAUCAUCAGAAAUACGAAGGCGUCUGACAGUGGAAACUACACCUGUGUUUUUCCAGAUCUUCAGCAAAGUCCAGUCCUCAUUGAGCUUGUUGUUGAUCGUAUCUUAAAGGACAGAUCAGCUGAAAACAUCCCAGGUGUGUCUCCAAAGCCGUCUGUCAAGAUACUUAAUCAAACAAAUGACGGGGCCCUGCUGCAGUGUGAAGUUCUUGGUGCUUCUCCAAAACCUACAGUAGAGUGGCAGGACAGUGCUGGAAACAAACUUCCUGCUGAGGAGCCACAGGUCUCAGAAAGAGGAGGCAGCUAUGACAUCACCCUCCUAACUACUGUGAAGAAGGCCGACCGGUUCCACUGUGUAGCAACACAGGAGGAAAUCAAACAUCGGACUGAAACUGACACCUACGUUCCUCUCAAUGGUGCAGCUUCAAAGCCGUCUGUCACAAUACUCGAUCAAACAAAUGAUGGGGCCCUGCUGCUGUGUGAAGUUCUUGGUGCUUCCCCAGAAUCUAAAGUAAAGUGGCAGGACAGUGCUGGAAAUGUUCUUGAUGCUAAAGAACCACAGGUCUCAGAAAGAGGAGGCAGCUACGACAUCACCCUCCAAACUACUGUGACCGAGACUGACCGCUAUCGCUGUGUAGCCACACAGGAGGGGAUCAGACAUCUUUAUGCUGAGAUCUACGUGCAGAUCAAUGGGUCCCCCAAAGAGUCCGCCACUGGAUUGGUUGUUGCUGUUGUUGGUACAUUUUCUUUACUAUAAUUAGUAUUGGUGGAAUUCUGCUUUACAGGCGGCAUCAAAAGCAAAAAAAUGGUAAUGGUUCACCAACAAAGGGAAAGAAUAAAUCUUCUGGGGAAACUGUAUGAUUACCUUAACUCCUAAUAUUCACACAACAGUAUUGGAUGGAAAUACACUAAUUUGCAUUGUCUUUCUGAUUUUCUGAAUAUUCAGUUAAAAUUUGCGCCCCAUUUGGAUGGAAACUUGACUUACAGCAGACUUUUCACUCCUGUGAGCGUGGCCGCUCUGAUCAACAAAACAACACUUUGCUUUCAGACAUGGUCGGGACAACACAACGUACAAACUAGUUUGUUUCGAGCAGACCUUUUUUCUCAAUUAAUCGACACGUUAACCAUACUGAACUUAAAUGUUCUGUCAGGUUUUUUCUGUCCCAGGAGUAGUUUCUUCUUAGCUGACAGGUUGGAGUUUAACGAGGUGAAACAGAAGAGAGCGAGAGCAAGAUUGUUAGAGAAAUCAUUCUGUUACUUAAAUCCUAAUGUGGUGUGAGUGAGUUCCUCUCUUGUGCAGCUUUAAGACAAAAAAAAAUAUUGACUUA